AUGCCUGAAAUGAUCCUUUCCCUUACAAUCGCUAUUUUCUCUUCUCCCUUACCCUCUUGCCUUCUCUUUCUGUCUCACGCCUACAACCUCGUGGCCUCCUCUUCCAAUACUUCUGAGUCUGUUCUUUCAUUAAAUACUGUCAAGCAUCUAAUCACCAUCCAACUCUCCUUGUCCAACUACAUGAUGUGUAAGAACCAACUCCUACCACUUCUGACAUACCAAAAUAUGGUGGGCCGCAACGAUGGCUCCUUUUUCCUUCCUGCUGCUAUAAUCACCAAAGACGGAAUACUUAAACCAAAUCUGUCCUUUGAAACUUGGCAUGUCGCUAAUAAACGCGUUGUGAUUCUUCUCCAAGCCUCUCUCAUGGAGGAAGAUUUUUCUAAAAUUGUUGGCCUUGGUUCGACCCUCGUAUCUGAUUUUGGUCGGAAAUUUAAGUCAAUCUUUGAUCAGUUAACUGCCAUUGGUCAACCAGUUGAUGAACCUGACAAAAAUCACUUGUUUCUUUAUGCUCUUGGUGAAACAUUUGAGACUUUCUCCAACGCCAUUCGUGCCUCCCGCUACCCUUUCAAUUUCCAAGUCGAAGGACAUGAACUCUUUUUAAAAUCACUCCAUGGAUCUUCGCCACCCCCUGCAACGUUCUCCGUUGUGACUGAUAGAAAAUCCAUGACUCCCAAUCAUGGCCAUGAUGGUCGGUCAUCUCGUGGCGGAUGUAGUAGAGGCUGUCAUCCCCCUCGCUACCAACGUUUUUAUACAAAUGGGUAUUACACAAAUGCUUGCCCCAACCUUGCCUCCUUUGCCAAUAACGCUCCUGGUAUGGACUCUAAUAUUUAA